AUGUCGGACAAAGGAAAUAAGCCAAAAGACUUCGAUGGAACCAGGUUGAAAUACCAAGAAUGGAUUUACAAAUGUUACAUGUACAUCCUGGCCAACCCAAUGAAGUACACAUCAGACAUGGACAAAAUCCUGAUGGUGCUAUCAGAACUUUGGGAAUACAAGGCCACGGAGACCAAGCUGAAAUAG